AUGUUUUGGCUAAUAUUUCUCCCCGUCGUGCACGGUGGUUUGCUGGGCGGUCAGCAGAGUGGUUUACUGAAAGGGAAGAUUCUCAAUCCUGGAAUUCUUCCCCUCCAUCUGCUCGGACUUGAUGCCUUCGCCAACGACACGGUCCGCCUUAAACGGAUAUUAAAAGAUAGCCACACAAUUUCUGAGAUGGAUUGUGCCAUAACGCUCUUCAUGUCCCCGUUCCAUUCCACGACACGCUUCACGGCGAAUGAGUCCAUCGGGCUGAGACAGGACCCCACCUGCGUCUGGAAUUUCGUGGGAACGGAACCCUGCCUGCCCACAAUUACCUGCACCACCUUCACCGUCCCGUGUGAAUCUACUUCGCUCCACAUAACGGACGGCGUCCACGGGGAGGAAACUUACUGCGGGGACAAGGUGCCCAAAGAUGUCACCGCUUCGAUGGACUUGCGCGAUUUGUACGUCACCUUAAAAGGAAACCGGGAAGUUAGAUUGGACUGCAGUGUCACGUGUGGAAAGAGAGGAUCAAAACAGGCUAACCCGUUAUCCAGUGAUUCGCUGAAUCUUAAAAUUAGCCCGGAUUGUCGUUGCGGUGUUAAGCCGAACGAGGAUCGCCUCUUGGGCGCAGGAGUCGCUAUCCCGCACGAGUUUCCCUGGCUUGUCGCGCUAGUCGAGGCGGACACGAGGCAACCCUUUUGCGGCGGGAGUAUCAUCAACGAUAGGAUCAUCUUAACGGCGGGACACUGUUUCAAAGGAAGAUUCCUGGACAUUCGUAACAUUGAGGUUAUGGUUAAUGCCCAUUAUUUGGAAUCCACACCCAAUUUGUCAUAUUUGAAAGAUAAACCACUUCCCAAAAAGUAUUCCGAUCGGCAAGAACUCCUUCGUUUGGAUGCUAUCAACGGUUCCAUGCGAUUCAUCGCGGAUGAGGUUUUCAUCCACCCGCUCUACGUCUCAGACACCAACGAUUUCGACGUGGCCGCCAUCCUUCUCGCUACUCCGAUCAAUUUUACCUCCAUUUCACCCCCAGUCUCCCCCAUUUGUCUGCCGGAACUCCCGCUGAGCUACAUGAGAACGUUUACCCAUCACAAGGCCACCGUGGCGGGAUGGGGACUACCCGCCAUUGAUGCUCCCGGAACUCCAGAAGAACUUCAGAAACUCCAGAUCAACGUUUUCACUCCGUCCGAAUGCAAGGAGUUGUACGGUGUCCGGGUUAACAGGAGAAUGAUGUGUGCCGGAUUCAAAGAUGGCGGGUCGGAUUCGUGCUCUGGCGAUAGCGGAUCUCCACUCGUAAUUGAGGAAAAGGACCGAAGUUGGUAUCAGAUUGCCGCCGUUAGUUGGGGCGACAGCUGUGGACAAGCGGCCAAUCCGGGCGUCUACUUUAGAACGACGGGUAAUCACGCACAUCCUUAA